AUAUUAACUUAUUAUAAUUUCAUUAUAUCAUUAUAAAUUUCACAGAACGUGGGAAAUCCCCGCGUUAUAUGGGGGAAAACACGUGUUAUACAGAGACAUGAAAUUGCAUAGUAUGAAAACGCGUUAUAAGAGUACCGUGUUAAAUGGGGAGCAGACAUGUUACUUGUAGUUGUAUAAGUGUUUUAAAGGCAGCUCUGUAUAUGGUAUGUGUUAUGUUACAGCCAAAGGAAUAAACAUCGACGUCCUUGCAGAACUUACUACCAACGAUAUUGAUCAUUUAAUUCCUGCAGAACAAUUCGGUCUACGAAUUAAAUUUAGAAAAAAACUUUUUGUGUGGAAACAACUCAACGGAUUAACAACACCCCUGGCAAGUACAAUUACUGCAUCGAAUUCAUCAUCAUCAACAGUAAAUAAUUGGAUAAAUACUAAUAUAAUAGAUACAGAUGAAAAUGGUAAUCCUGAAAAUCAACCGAUCUUUAAGUUAGAAAAUCUCUUAUUAAAAUCGGUUAGUGGUCAGUUAAUUUUAUCAGAAUAUAAAGUUAGUGGAUUAAGUUCGAAAAAUCGAAAUAUCCUUACCACGAUAAUCGUGGAGGAUUGGUUAGCGAGUGACACAUCUGUAGAUCGCCAAUUGUGCCAAAAUGUCGCAAAGGAAAUAAAAAACCUAUUCCCAUUAGAAUGUGAGGUAACGUAUUUGGGUACAAAAAACAACGGGGAAAACUAA